AUGGGGAAUAAUGUGGGGGUCCCUGACGAGAUCACUCUUGAAUUAAAAUGGGUAAACGAUCUGGCUUGGUAUGGUGAAGCUGUAAGACCUAAUGGUUCAAUAUGCGAGAUGCAUCCACCUAAGUUGUAUUCAAAUGGCAUUUGGGAGAAAGUUAUUUUGAACCAAACUGGUCUUAAGUUUUGGCAAUAUCGUCUUACCAGUCUCGAGAUUGUCCUCUUGUUCGUCUUCGUCCUUUGGCAAGUCUUUGCUAUUUUGUUCAAGAAAUUAGGUCUUACCAUUCCAAAAUUCACCUCUAUGAUGCUUGCAGGGAUACUCUUGAACAUGCUAGUUACGUUUUCGGAAGACGACACGUCCAUUGUUAAGGAGGUUUUAUUCCCCAAACACAGAAUCGACAUUCCAGGAUGCCUUGGAUCAUUUGGUUUCAUGAUUUUCUGGUUUCUCAAUGGUGUGAAAACGGAUCUCAAGAGAAUCUUCAAAGCUGACACACAUGCAAGACUCACUGGACUUGCAGCGGCUACUCUGCCUAUAACGGUUGGCUUAUUGCUUUACAAAUAUAAAUCACCUGGGAGUACAUCGCUCAAAACCGAGGAGUAUGAUGGAAUAUUGCUAAUGGAGAGCCUCACGUCCUUCUCGGAAAUCGCAAGACUCUUGCUUGACCUGGGCAUGAACAACUCUUCUGUUGGCCAGGUCGCGUUAUCAGCAGCUUUAGUCUCUAAUAUGGCUGGACUAUCGCUCUUCUUGGUAUUGGUUCCUCUUGGUAUGCCAUCAUUGGUUCAAGGUGUGGUUCUACUUGUAGAAAUGGCCUUAUUUGUCGUCAUUGUCUUUUGUGUUGUGAGGCCAAUACUAUUUAGAGUAAUCAAACGUAAACGAGAAGGGAUGCCUAUCGAUGACAAACACAUCUAUUGGAUCCUCGUCUUUCUUUGUUCCUCGUGUGUGUAUUGGGCCAUAAUUGGGCAGCUUCCAGCACUUGGAGCUUUCUUUCUCGGUCUUGCUAUUCCUAACGGACCUCCUAUUGGUUCUGCGUUGGUCGAACGAUUAGAGAGCUUCAACUUUGGUCUUAUAUUGCCUGUCUUCAUGACUUCUUGCAUGCUCAGGACUGAUCUCAAAGUUUGGAAAGACGUCUUAACAUUCAAUAUCAGCAACGACAAGAAACUCGCAGUUGUGUCUCUCGUCUUGCUCAUUUUCUUGUUGAAGCUUUCCAUCUCAAUGGUCAUACCUUACCUCUUUAAAAUGCCUUUGAAAGACUGCUUCAUUCUUUCCCUUAUCAUGUCACAUAAAGGGAUAAUAGAAAUAAGUUUCUACGUAUUCUCUUUUGGCUUGCAGUUAUUAGACAGAGAUACCUUCUCGAUCCUAGUUUUGUCCAUUCUCCUAAACUCGUUGUUCCUACCAAUGGCGAUCAGAUUUCUCUAUGACCCAUCAAAGCAAUUCAUGUGCUACCAAAAGAGAAGUUUAGUAACUACGAAGAUAAAUGGAGCGCUAAGGACACUUGUGUGCAUCCAUAGACCAGACCACAUAUCUUCAAUGAUCAACCUUCUAGAAGCUUCUCAUCAAUCCGAGGAGAGCCUUCUUACAUGCUACGUACUUCACCUUGUCGAGCUACAGGGUCAAGACGUUCCCACAUUGGUCUCCCACAAAGUCCAGAAACUGGGAGUCGGGACGGGAACAGAAUCUUCGGAAAACGUCAUCCUUUCUUUCGAACAUUUCAACCGUUACAUAUGCAGUUCCAUUUCCAUAGACACGUUCACUUGCAAGGCGAACUCGUCCCACAUGCAAAAUGAUAUUUGUUGGCUAGCUCUCGAUAAAGCUGUCACGCUUAUCAUUCUUCCUUUCCACCGCACUUGGUCUCUCGACCGAACAUCCAUCGUCUCCGACAGUGAAAUGAUCCGGUUUGUCAAUUUCAACGUCUUGAAACAAGCUCCUUGCUCUGUCGCUGUCCUUAUCGAACGUCAUCUUGUUAACAAAAAGCAAGACUCUCAAAAAAACCUUAAGGUGUGUCUGAUAUUUGUGGGAGGAAAGGACGAUAUGGAAGCAUUGGCCUUUGCAAAGCGAAUGGCCCUUCAAGAGAACGUAACAUUAACGGUUCUAUGCCUUGUAGCAGCCGGAAAAAGCAAAGGAUGGGAUCAAAUGCUGGACACAGGGGAACUAAAAGAGUUGAUACUAAACGAUGAUCCAGGAUUCCCAAAAGAAGAAAGUUCCACAGUUUACUUGGAAGAGAAGAUUUCAGAUGGAGCGGGUACAUCAAUGCUUCUACGCUCUAUGGCAUCUGAUUACGACCUUUUCAUAGUAGGCAGAACCUGCGGUGUGAACCACGCUGCCACUAGAGGGAUAGAGGGUUGGUGUGAAUUUGAGGAGCUUGAUUCAUUAGGUGGAAGUGGGGACAUGUUUCCAAGAAUGGGGGCAGAUGAUUUGGGGGUUGAUGUACAUUGGGUAUAUGAGAUGGCUUGGUAUGGUGAAGCUAUAAGAAGUGAUGGGUUUAUAUGCGAGGAGCAUCCUGCCAAGUUGUCUUCUGAUGGUAUUUGGGAGAAAAUCAUUUUUCAUAGAGAGGGUCUUCGCAUUUGGCAAUAUCGUCUGCCUAAUCUCGAGUUGGUCAUAUUGUUUGUGUUCUUCCUUUGGCAAUUCUUUAACCUCUUGUUCAGGAAAAUGGGUCUUAAGAUGCCCAAGUUCACCUCUAUGAUGCUUGCGGGGUUAGUUUUCAACGUUCUACUUACUUAUUCGGGCAACAAGUCGUUUAUUCAAGAGUUAUUGUUCCCUAAAAAUAAAAUAGAUAUUCCGGGGUGCCUUGGAUCAUUUGGGUUCAUGAUAUUUUGGUUCCUAAAGGGUGUGAAAAUGGACGUCAAGAGAAUCCUCAAGGCUGAAGCAAAGGCAAGAGUAACGGGAAUCGCAGCCGUUAUGUUUCCUAUACUAGUAGGUACCGUGCUUUACAGUGUAAAAGCAGUGAAGGAUCGAGCACUCGAUUCCACUAUAUAUGCUCAACUGUUGCUAGUGGAGAGCAUCACGUCUUUUUCGGGAAUCGCAAGGCUCUUGAGAGACCUCAACAUGAACCACUCAUCUCUUGGUCGGGUGGCUCUAUCCGCAGCCUUAAUCUCUGAUAUGAUCGGACUCUUCUUCAUGAUUGCACAGGUUCCUUAUAAUAGUCCAAAUUUAGGUGGCGCUGCUCAAGUUAUAGAGAUUGCUUUCUUUAUGGUCAUUUGUUUCGCUGCUGUGAGGCCCCUCAUGUUUACGAUAAUCAAACGAAAACGUGAAGGGAGACCCAUCGACGACAAAUACAUCUACAUGAUUAUCAUCCUCGUUUGUUUAGCCUGUAUGUAUUGGCACGAUAUUGAUCAGUUUCCUGCACUUGGAGCCUUCUUUCUUGGUCUCUCCAUUCCCAAUGGACCUCCUAUUGGUUCUGAACUCGUUGAACGUCUAGAGAGCUUCAACUUUGGUCUCGUAUUGCCUCUUUUCGUUACGUCUAGUAUGCUCAGGGCUGAUCUCAGAGUUUGGAAAGAUUGUUUCACUUUUUUUAGAAGCGACGCCAGCAAAUUCGCCGUUGCUUCUCUCAUCGUACUAGUCUUCUUGUUGAAGUUCUCUGUCACAGUGAUCGUACCUUACCUCUAUAAAAUGCCACUCAGACACUCUUUCACUCUUGGCUUUAUCAUGUGCCAUAAGGGUGUCAUCGAACUAAGUUUUUACCUUUUCUCUUACGGCAUCCCGAUGUUGAACAGAGAUACGUUCUCAAUCAUAGUUUUGUCCAUCGUCUUAAACUCGUUGAUCAUACCAAUAGGGAUCGGAUUUCUCUACGACCCAACGAAGCAAUUCUUGUGCUACCAAAAGAGAAACAUAGCAAGUAUGAAAAACAAAGGAGAGCUAAAGACACUUGUAUGCAUCCAUAGACCAGACCACAUAUCUUCCAUGAUAAACCUUCUAGAAGCGUCUUAUCAAUCCGAGGAGAGUCCUCUUACUUGCUACGUACUUCACCUCGUUGAGUUACAAGGUCAAGAUGUUCCCACUUUGAUCUCACACAAAGUCCAGAAACUUGGUGUCGGGUCGGGGAAAAAAUAUUCGGAAAACGUUAUCCUCUCUUUUGAGCAUUUCCACCGUUACGUGUGUAGUUCCAUUUCCAUUGACACGUUCACAUGCAUCGCAAACACCAACCACAUGCAAGAUGAUAUUUGUUGGCUAGCUCUCGAUAAAGCUGUCACGCUUAUCAUUCUUCCUUUCCACCGCACUUGGUCUCUCGACCGAACAUCCAUCGUAUCCGACAAUGAAAUGAUCCGGUUUCUCAAUUUUAACGUCUUGAAACAAGCUCCUUGUUCUGUCGGCAUCCUUGUCGAACGACAUCUCGUUAAGAAAAAACAAGAGUCUCAAGAAAACCUCAAGGUUUGUGUUAUAUUUGUGGGAGGAAAAGACGAUAGGGAAGCAUUGGCCUUUGCAAAGAGAAUGGCUCGUCAAGAGAACGUGAUACUUACCGUUGUACGCCUUUUAGCAUCUGGAAAGAGCAAAGAAACGACAGGAUGGGACCAAAUGCUUGACAACGUGGAACUAAGAGAGUGUGUGCGAAGCAAUGAGACAGAAGGAACUGUAAACGAAGAAGUUUCAACAAUUUAUUUGGAACAAGAGAUAAUAGAUGGAGCAGAUACGUCCAUGCUUCUACGUUCCAUGGCUUUUGAUUACGACCUUUUCAUUGUUGGAAGAACAAGCGGUGAGAACCACGAGGCGACCAAAGGGAUAGAGGAUUGGUGUGAGUUUGAGGAGCUCGGAGUCAUUGGUGAUUUCCUUGCCUCCCCCGAUUUCCCUAGCAAAACAUCAGUCUUAGUAGUUCAACAACAACGAACCGUAGCCAAUAAUUAG